GGGAGCUCCAACUUUAACACGUUUUCUUUUGCCAUUUCCCCGUUGAUUAAUGUUCACAUAUUUCUUUCCAUACUUUUGCUCCUUCUUGAUCAUAUUAUCAUUUUUCUUCUUCAAGGAUAAAUUCUUGGAAGAAAUUAUUACUCAACGUGUUCAUCGAAUGUUUUACCAAUGCAAUUUAUAUUCCUUGGAGGAAUCUCCAUAGGUUAUUAAUUUGUGGCAUAAAUUUUUAAGAAAUGCUUUUUUGUUUCCAUAUCAAAGAAAAAUGAUAUGAAUUAGAUUGAAUAGGGCGUUACUUGAAGGAUGUCCACAAAGGUGAAAGGGCUCAUAAAAGGGCUUAGGUACAUAUCACAGAUAUUCGAUGAAGAAAAAGAAGCUGAAAUACAGAUUGGAUUUCCCACAGAUGUAAAGCAUGUUGCCCACAUUGGAUGGGAUGGACCAUCUGCAGUUGACAACCCAACCUGGAUGAAUGAAUUCAAAGGAGCGGGAGCUUUAAAAUCAGCACCUCUAGGUCCACCCGUGGAUUCCAAAGAGAACCCAGAGAUCAAAUGGGUUUCUGAAGGUUCGUUUAUAUCGCAUGUCCUUUCGAGACUCGAAUUUGUUUUCUUCAAAAAAAAAAAACACUCCUUUAUUUUGUUUCUUAGAUUCAAAGGGAAGACGUGGAAAAUCGGGAAGCAGAGACGCGGCGGAAGGUAAAAAAUCGUCCAGACGCCACCUUUCUUCCGGUGACAAUGAUGGUGGUGGUGAUUCCCCCAAAUCAUCUAAGCCGCGCCAGUCUAGGCGUCACAAGACCGCCAUCGACGGGUCCAAGCCCGAUGACGGGUCGGACCCCUCAUUACCGGACGUUCCGAAGAAAUCCCGGCGAAAGAAGUCCCGGGAUUUCAACGUAGAUGGCUCCACCCGCUCUUCAAGAACAAGCAGAAGCUCCGCCACAACGGCCGCGGCCGCGACACCGGACGCCGAUCAAGGAGAGCCUUCCCAGAGAACCAUUGACGAUGAUUGCUCAUCAAAACCUCUUGCAAAAGUGGAAGAAGUGGAAAACUGUUGAAGGGCAAGUCCCAUUUUUUUUGUAGUUAGCGUGACUUCAAACCCGACAAUUCACUAACCCACAAAUCAUUUUUCAUUGUAAAUAACACAUUUGUCGUGUGUUUAAAACUUUAUUGUGUUUGAAUUCUUUGAUUAAGUAAUCAUAUAAUCAUUGUUCAAAAUUUACCGGGAAUAGUUGUGCAUA